GGAGAGGAUGCCACAUUUUUAAGACCCCCCUCUCGCCCACGUCCCAAUAUUUAACAGGAGCGACAGAUAUCAGGGCCGGUGGCAGGGAAGACAAGAUAUAGCGGGCUGUAAAAUCAAGACCAUGAAAGACGCAGAGAAAGGGGAUUUCUCAAAACCGGCACACGCUGAAUUAUACUGUACGAUUGAUCUCCAUGAAGCUAAUCGGAAGCUGCAGUUGCACGACUCCGCCUUCCGGACUCGGGGGCUGAUUUGCGAGGCCAACUCCAGGCAUUCUUCACCCCCUGGCAAGUUUCGGCCGUGAAACUUUUUUUUUAAGCAAAGAUUCAACCUCCGAUUGAGCGUUCCGGAGCGUCUGUGCCCGCAGGUGCGGGCCCAACCCCCCCCCCCCGUUGCAUUUGGAAAUGAGGGCAGAGAUUUUUAAAAAUGGUCAGGAUCCAAAGACUCAGCCUUUUCCCGUACUGAAGCGUUACACAAGAGGGGCAGGGGAUUCCGGGGGAAAUGCAUCGGUGCACUGCCUCCAUACGCGAGCGAUAGUUAACAAAACAUUGCAUUCCUCCUUUUUACACCAACACUCUUUCUGCUGGCUCUUUCGGGUAAAUGUGGCCAGCAUCGGACUUCAGGAUUCAACGGUCCCUGCUAACUUACUUGAGAGUAAACCCUCCUGGAUUAAGUGGGAGGUGAAAGAAGUAAAGCUCCAUCCAGCCUAAAACCCACGGUGUUCUACUCUUAAGGAAAGGAGGGGGGCGUGUCCGGGGACAAACUUUACUUAGCAAGAAUUACUCCCAAGUAGAGGACUUAACUAGAUAUCCAGGAAUGCAAGAGACGGUACCCGAGAUACAUAGCAUGUCUAGGUGAAGAUUUAUCCGUAUCCAACGGCAAUUUUAUCUCUGUGGCAAACUUAAUACUGCUUAUUACGUUCGAUUAAAGUUAAGAGUACAGUAAUGACACAAAUAUUCCCAUUAAGAGAUAACAAAAAACGGAUUAAAAGAAGGAAGAGUAUCUAAUCAGUGGGGAGAAGAUGACGCUACUUUAAGGGACUCGCUGAGCCCCCCCCCCCCCGGCGAAGAGUUCGCGGUCGAAUUUUCGCGUCAAAAACUUUCCAGCAAAUCCAGGGACCCUGAUAGAGGAGCUGUGGAUUGUAUCGUAUGCAAAUACGCAAGCUGACGUAAGAGAUCAUGUGGGUUUUGGUGUAGAUCACCACCACCGAUCGGAGAGAUUUUUUUUUUAAUUUUUUUUUUUUAAAUCCUACUGUAUGUCUUUUUCUUAGAGGGGGGUGAUUUGUUUGAGUAAAAGUCCCGGACCGUCUCCUCGGCGUUCUAGAACGCGCACCGAGAGUUCCAUUCGGGGGAAAGUUCUGCGUCUCAGCGUUCCAAAGCUUUGAUCGCAGGUGUAAUGCAGACCAUUUUGUAUGGUGGGUCACAGCCAAAAGCCAUGGAUGGCACUAGACUCCUUUAGAAUCCAGCCUGGGCAACAUUACUCCUGGAAGUACUAAAAGCAUCUAAGAGGACACCUUUGGGACUGUCCAACAGGAGAAGCUGUUGCUUCCAAGGGCACUCCUACAGUGGUCAUGGCAAGCAAGCGGAAGUCAACAACUCCAUGUAUGGUGCGAACAUCUGGAGCUAUGGAGUCCAGUGACUCCAUGGACUGUAGUACAGGAAAGGCACCUGGUGCUCCAGAGCUGGACUUAGGAAAUAAUUUGGCAGCCAGCAAGGAUAAUUGUGAAAAUGACUGUGAAGUGAUUGAGGGGAAGUCUUCUCCAGCUAACCCAACGAGGAAACCUCUUGGUGGUUAUGAAUGUAAAUACUGCCCAUUCUCCACCCAGAACCUGAAUGAAUUCACAGAGCAUAUAGACACGCAACACCCCAAUGUGAUUCUCAACCCCCUCUAUGUAUGCUCCGAAUGUAACUUUACAACCAAAAAGUAUGAUUCCUUAUCUGAGCACAACACAAAGCUCCAUCCAGGAGAAAACAAUUUCAAGCUUAAGUUAAUCAAGCUCAACAAUCAGACUGUCUUAGAACAAUCAAUUGAGGUGACAGGCAAUCCGACUGUAGCUGAAACCCCUGAAUACGAAGGGGUCAUUGGUGGGACAAGCGAUACAAACAAAGCAACGCAGAUCAUUAACAUAGGAAAGCCUAAAGGUGAAGCCAAGAAAACAUUCAUUGACAACCAUCUUGAUGGGAUUCCUCAACUUCUUCCAGAUACCACUGAGCCAAUUACAUGUAUCAAUGGAGCAGAAGUCCUCCAAGAUAUCCUGGCCCAUGUGAUGCCCUCCGUACAGCUCCCGCCAAAUAUCAACCUGGUUCCCAAAGUCCCCGUGCCCCUGAAUAGUACCAAAUACAAUUCUGCACUAGACACUAAUGCCACCAUGAUCAGUUCCUUCAACAAAUUUCCAUAUCCAACACAAGCAGAAUUAUCAUGGCUGACAGCAGCAUCCAAGCACCCAGAAGAGCAGAUUCGAAUUUGGUUUGCCACUCAGCGUUUGAAGCACGGCAUCAGCUGGUCUCCUGAAGAGGUAGAAGAAGCCAGGAAGAAGAUGUUCAACGGCACCAUCCAGCCAACACACCAGACAAUUGCUGUUCUCCCAGCUCAUGUUGCCACAGCCAAGAUGCCACAGCCACUGAUUCAGACAGCUGUGCCCUGUCAGAUACUCAGUCAGACUGGCUUAGUUUUGACACAAGUGUCAAACGGAUCAAAUGUUUCCCCUAUUACCCUUGCUGUUGCUGCCAAUCAGGGUCAGAAACGGAGUGUGCAGAACCAGCUAACUGUCCCAGAAGCCAAGCGUCAGCAUGUCAUCCCAACAGAGGUCUUGUCCAAGCAGAACAUACCUGCUGCUCCAAUAAGCACAACAACGAUGCCACUAUCUACUCUACUGCCAACGUCAUCAAACGACCGCAAAAAAACCAAGGAACAGAUUGCAGCCCUGAAGGCAAGCUUCAUUGUCACCCAGUUUCCUGAUGAUGCAGAAAUUUACAGGCUGAUUGAGAUCACUGGCCUCUCAAGGAGUGAGAUUAAGAAGUGGUUCAGUGACUAUCGUUACCGAAGUCAACGGGGAAUUAGCCAUAUCACGAGUGAAUCUGUAGCCAAGGACCAUGUUGCUCCUUCUACCACGCGGCAGGACCAUACUUAUAAUCCAUAUCCAGAUUUCAUUUUCCAGCAGUUCAAAGGAAAAACUCAAAAACAAUUUGCAAUCCUUGAAGAAAGUUUCCUUAAGAGCUCUUUUCCAACACACAGUGAGUUGGAAAGACUUCGGACCGAAGCCAGGAUGAGCAGAAGAGAGGUUGAAUCCUGGUUUGCUGAGCGAAGGAAACUUAGGGAUAAUAUGGAACAAGCCGUCUUAGAUUCAAUGGGAUCAAGCAUAAAGAAUAAGGAUCCGGUUGCUUCCAAUGGUGCAGUAAAUCAAACAGAGCAGGUCAGCAUCACCCAAGCUCCAACCUCUUUGCCCAAGCGCUCCACGGCAUUUGCUACAAGUAGCCAAGAGCAGGUCCGCUUACUCAAGAAUAUGUUUGUUAGAACUCAGUGGCCUUCCCCACAGGAGUAUGAUGAAUUGGCAGCUCAGACGGGACUCACCAGGACUGAAAUAGUUCGCUGGUUCAAGGAGAACCGGAGCUCGCUAAGAAUGGGGACCUUAAAAUGGCUAGACCAGUAUCAACAGCAGAGUGUCACUGAUGGCUGUGCAGAAACAAAAGGUCCAACGCCCCUUGGGCCAAAGAAUAAUCAUGAUGAAGUUCAGCCACCUCACAAGGAGACUCAGAAGCUUGGGAAGCAAAGCGUAGAAAGUUCAGAGCAAUCUGAAGGCAUCAGCCAAAGCAGUCAGAGUGGCGAAGGGAAACCGAAUGCUGGCAAUGGAAACUGGGUCCAGCUUACUAUAGAAGAUGACGAUGCUGCUUCGGACUGCAUAGACAGCUGGAACGAAACAGGGCCUGAAAGCAAAACAGAUUUUGAUUCUGAAAGUAUAUCUGGUGAUAACUCUCACACCUAGACAGGCACUUCAUUCAGCUUUCUAGUCCCAUCUUUUGACUCUCGUGAGAGCACAUGGUUACUAAUCCUGGGAUCAAGUAAGGUCUUCGGAAAUAGGAUAGUCACGUUUGGACUCCAGAAUCACAGUCAUGGUGGAGGAAGAGAUCAUCUCUGGUUUGGAGAAGUUUCAUGGUGCCAAAGUCCCACUUGGGGGAUUUUUUUAAAAAAAUGAGGCCCUUGUAUAUAAGCUUUCCCUGUAGUGUGUGGCUUUCUCCAUUUCUUGUUGACUUUUUUUUAUACUUACACUGCAGAGAUUUAUGGCUAUCUUUUUUGUUAAACACAACAGAUCACUGCUGUCUUAAAAGCAAUGCUUCAUCCAAUUAGUUUGCUACAAAUUGGUAGUCCCUGUAUCUAUCCUUGUGAUAAUUUGUAAACUUUUUGGCCUACUGCAUUCAUUUCUACCACUAAAAACUACUCUAAGUUUGGUGCAGUGGCUAACAGGUGUUGGAUUAGAAGCCAGGGGACAGUGAGUUCUAGUCCCACCUGAGGCACGAAGCCAGCUGGGUGACUUUGGGCCAGUCCCUCUCUCUCAACCCUAGGAAGAAGGCAAUGGCAAACCACUUCUGAAAAACGUUGCCAAGAAAACUGCCUGGACUUGUUCCUACAGUCACCAGAGCCAGGGUGACUUGAUGGAUUAUAACAACCACCACCGUUUCAGUGGAAAUUGUAUUCAUCUCCUCACGUUUUGCACAUCUGCUUGUCCCACACAAACCAUUCAUUUGUAUUCAUCUCACACAUUUUACACGUUUGCUUUUCCUGCACAUUUUACACGUUUGCUGUUGGCCAUCCUUCCCUUUGCAUGAAAACUAAUCUUCGUCACAUUGGGAGAACAGCUCUGUUAAUGAAUCCUGUAACUCACCAUUUGCCAAACAGCUGGACCCAGAGCACGAGAGAUGUCAAGCGUGCAGGGCUGUUGCUUGCUCCAAGUGCUUUUCUACUACUGGUAGUACAAUCUUAAAAACAAAAAGAGUUUGCAACAGAGGGCUCAAGCUUUAUACCUGAACUUAAGAUUUUUUUGUUGGUGAGUUUUUAGCUUGUUUCUAUGUCUCUGAGUGCACUUUUAUUCUUCAGUAACUGCUGAGAAGAGAGGGAGAAAUACUGAAUUGCAGCCUCUCUUUGAUAAAAGGAUAGGUGACUUUCGCAUGGUUUGGAGAGACUGUUCCAUUUCCCUCCAAUAUACCCUGCUUAAACUUAAAUGCUAGAGAUUUUAAUUAAAAAGACACUUUUCUAACAUUUGCUUGUUUGUUGUAA